AUGUUUUUAGAGGGAGAACGGAUUAUGAACGCGUUUGGGCAGCAGCCGACGAAUCAGCAGCCCCUUCAGCACCAUAACGCGCAGGACAUCUUGGACAUGACCGUGUACUGCGACACCAACUUCAGCAUGUACCAACAGAACCUCCACCAUCAUCACUCGCAAAGGCCACCUGCGCACCCAUCCGGCUAUGGACUUGGCGAGUACGCAUCACCCGGAACCAACCCUUACCUGUGGAUGAACGGUCCGGGUAUUGCCUCUUCCCCAUACCUCUCGGGUCCGAACGGAGGCUCCUACAUUCAGUCGGGAUUUGGGUCGAACCAGCGGCAGUUUCUUCCUCCUCCCACGGGAUUUGGAAGCGCGGAUCUCGGGUGGCUCUCCAUUUCAAGCCAGCAAGAACUUUUCAAGAUGGUUAGACCACCUUAUUCCUACUCAGCGCUCAUUGCCAUGGCUAUCCAGAACGCACAGGACAAGAAACUGACGCUCAGUCAGAUUUAUCAGUAUGUGGCUGACAAUUUUCCAUUUUACAAGAAAAGCAAAGCUGGCUGGCAAAACUCCAUUAGACACAAUUUGUCAUUGAACGAUUGUUUCAAGAAAGUUGCGAGAGAUGAGGACGAUCCUGGCAAAGGAAAUUACUGGACUCUGGACCCCAACUGCGAAAAAAUGUUCGACAAUGGAAACUUCAGAAGAAAGAGAAAGAGAAGAUCUGAUGGAAACAAUGGAAGCGCCAGUCUGUCAGUCAAAACCGAGGACGCGCUCAAAUUGGCGGAUACCGCAAGCCUGAUGAGCCCUUCCCCGCAGAGUCUCCAAAACUCUCCAACUUCCAGCGAACCUAAAUCCUCUCCAUCGCCGUCCGCGGAGCACAGCCCCUGUUUUAACAGCUUUAUCGGUAACAUGAACUCAAUAAUGGCAGGAAACAGCAGUGGGAUCAGAAGCAGAGACGCCAGCUCUGGACCUUUAGGGGAUUUUACGCAUGGCAUGUCUGGACAUGAGGUGGCACCUCCAUCAGAACAUAGUCAUCUCAACACCAGCAGACUGAACUAUUACACCGCAUCCCAUAAUAACAGCGGCUUGAUCAACUCACUCUCCAACCAUUUCAGUGUUAAUAAUCUCAUUUACAACAGGGAGGGAACAGAAGUGUAA